AUGGAGGGCGUUGAGGGCCGCUGGGGCCGCAACUAUCCGUCGCGCGGCUGUCUGGUGCGCAAGUUCCGCUACGGCACCACCCCGGGUUCAUUCUGGCCGAUGCGUGCUGUCCGCGAUGUCAUGGCAUCGUCGCAGUCGCACGCCGAGUUCCGCUCUCGCAUUGAGAACGGCGCCCACGGUAUUAUCCACCUGGGCCUCGGCGGCGACUUUGAGACCAUGUGGGCACCUGUCGACGUGCUGUUCUUUUUGCACCAUGCCAUGGUGGACAAGAUCUGGGCUGAGUGGCAGUCCAAGAAUCCCAGCCGCCUGCGCCGCGUCGAUGGAUUCGACAGCUCGCAUCAGCCGCUCACCGUCAACUCCCCGCUGCCCUUCUACGGAGACACCAUUGGAACCACACUGGUUACCACGGCGCCCGGAUACUGCUAUAUGUAUGACGAUGUCGCGCCGCCGCCAGAUAACGCCCGCAGCAGGGCAGUGGAGUUCCGUGCAUCUGUACGCAACAGCUUCGAGUUCUCCAAUGACACCGACCCCGACAAUGAGCUGUUCGCCGCACACGAGGAUGCUGAGGACCUCGAGGCCCCAGAGCCGGCGCCUGAGAACUGGCUCAGCAAGCGCGGGCUCGACGUCCAGGAGGCUGCCCGGAUGCACGUCCUGGUCUCCCGCGUUGUGCGGCAGAUGAACGAGGAGCGCAGGGCCUUCAUUAGGGCCCUGAACAGCACCAAGGCAGCCACCACCGAUCAGAACCAACCACUGUGA